AUGAAAUCUACAGGUAGACUUAACAAGGAAUUGACUGAUUUAAAUAACAACUCUAUUGAAGGUGUUUCAAUUGAAAUUGUAGGAGAUACUCUUACUAACUGGCACGCUUGCAUCUUAGGACCUCAGGAAACACCAUAUGAAGGCGGCAGAUUCAUCGUUAAUAUAGAUUUCAGUGAUAACUAUCCUUUCAAGGCUCCAAAAGUCCACUUCAAAACUAGAAUCUUCCAUCCAAACAUCAAGCAAGACACUGGUGAGAUCUGUGCCCAGGCCAUCGAGAAUAACUGGGUUCCCACUCUAAACGCCAAGUUCGUCAUUGAGAGUCUAGUCACCCUCCUCAAAAACCCUAACGCCGAGCACCCACUAGAAGCAGAGAUCGCUGAAUUAAUGAUUAAGGAUUAUAAGAACUUUUUCGCAAAGGCAAAAGAAUUUACCGAAUCAUAUGCGAAGUGA